UGGAUGAGGCCGAAGGAAAGAUAUGGCGCCGAUAACGGUAGGAGAUACUGUUCCCGAUGGAACUCUACAUUGGUUCGAUGAGAAUGAUGAGCUGCAGAAGCUAUCGAUUCACUCACUCGCCGCCGGCAAGAAGAUCCUCAUCAUCGGUGUUCCCGGCGCCUUCAACCCCAUCUUCAGCGUGCAGCAUCUGCCCGGUUUCAUCCCAAGUGCUGAGAAAUUAAAGUUUAAGGGUGUGGAUGAGCUUGUUCUAAUUGGCGGUAUAUUUCUACUUUUAAACUUAAUUGUUCUCUUAUAUUAGCUCUAAUUUCUUUCU